GUCUCCAGCAGAGAGCAGAAGCAAGAGAAAAAAAAAGAGGAGAGAGAAACUUCUUCUUCUUCUUCUUCUUCUUUUUCUUCGGAGCUCCCUCUCUCUCGGAUUCCAAAUCCUUCUAUCCUACUUCUCCUUCCUUACAUUUGUAAACCAGCAUUCUUCUUUUGACACUCUCAACACACUCCAAGUACUACUCUUCAAACCUCACAAUCCGCCAUUAACGAUGCUUCCUCCUCACUUCUCCAUCUCCAUCUCCAUUUUCGUUCUAUACCUCUUCUUCACACUCCUCGAAGCUACACAACCCCUAAAUCUCACUCUCACUCUCCCUCACCAACACCCUUCUCCCGACACCGUCGCUCUCCACGUCACCAGAACAAUCAAUGAAUCCCUCUCACGCAGACAACUCACCUCCUCCUCCUCCUCCUCCUCAUCCUGCCGUACCGGAAACCCAAUCGACGACUGCUGGCGCUGUGACUCCUCCUCCGACUGGUCCACCAACCGGCAACGCCUCGCCGACUGCUCAAUCGGCUUCGGCAGCGGCACACUCGGCGGCAAAAACGGGAAGAUCUACGUCGUCACAGACUCCUCCGACAACAACCCCGCAAACCCAACUCCAGGCACACUCCGCCACGCCGUCAUCCAAGAAGAGCCCCUCUGGAUCAUCUUCUCCUCCGACACCUCCAUCCGCCUCAAACAAGAACUCAUCAUCAACAGCUUCAAAACCAUCGACGGCCGCGGCUCCGCCGUCCACAUCACCGGCAACGGCUGCCUAACCAUCCAGUACGUCCAGCACGUCAUCAUCCACAACGUCCACAUCUACGACUGCAAACCUUCCGGAGGAGCCGUCGUCGCCGCAACGCCGACGAAAGUCGGCAGGAGAGGUAGAUCGGACGGUGACGGGAUCUCUAUAUUCGGAUCUCAGAAGAUCUGGGUCGACCAUUGUUCGCUGAGUCAUUGUACUGAUGGGCUGAUUGAUGUGGUGUUGGGCUCGACGGCGAUUACGAUUUCGAAUAAUUAUUUUACGCAUCAUGAUGAGGUGAUGCUGUUGGGGCAUGAUGAUAAGUAUGUGCUGGAUACGGGGAUGCAGGUCACGAUUGCGUUUAAUCAUUUCGGACAGGGGCUUGUUCAGAGGAUGCCGAGGUGUCGGAGAGGGUAUAUUCAUGUUGUUAAUAAUGAUUUUACGUCUUGGAAGAUGUAUGCUAUUGGUGGUAGUGGUAAUCCUACUAUUAAUAGUCAAGGGAAUCGUUACAUUGCUCCUUCUGAUCCUAGCGCCAAAGAGGUGACGAAGCGAGUGGACUCGUUGGACGAUGGUGAGUGGGCGAAUUGGAACUGGAGAACGGAAGGAGAUUUGAUGGAGAACGGAGCUUUCUUUGUGGCUUCUGGUGAAGGAGUGAGCACAAUGUACUCUAAAGCUUCCAGUGUGGAGCCUAAAGCUGCUGCUCUCGUAGACCAGCUCACUCAAAACGCUGGCGUUUUCGGCGGUCCCAGGGAUGAUGAAGGGCAGAGUGGCAAUUCUUAUUCUGGAUAUGGAGGAGGGUCGAGUGCUAUAGGUGGUACGUCAAGAGGAAGCAGCAGCAGUAAUGACAACAAUUUCUUCGGGAUGAUAUUUGGAAACAAUGCACCGCCUCGACCACGUUUAACGUUAUUGUUUUUGUCUUUGUUAAUGAUUUCUGUUUUGUCCUCAUCAACUCUAUUAUUGUUGUAGACUAUAAAGAUAACUUAAUAGGAUUUGGACCGUCCAUUUGAUUGGUCUAUUGGUGUAAAGUGGCUGGCUCUCCAUUAUUAUUUUUUAUUCGUUUGGUUUCACAACACUAGAAAACAGAAAUGGGAAUGGCAACUUCAAAGAAGAACUUUGUCUCAAAUGUAUUGUUUAAUCAAGUUUUAACUUUUUCAUCUUUCACCAUCUUUUUGUGUUCAAUA